UAAAAACUCCGCGCGCGUCUAUCUAUGCUCGGCAUUCACGCUUGUCGGAAAAGUGAAGAGAUAAUCACAAUGGUGGAGUGGUCAGAUUCCGAGCGCAGCACUAUUGCGAGCGUCUGGGGCAAAGUCAACGUCGGUGAAAUCGGACCCCAGGCUCUGGCACGGGUGCUGAUUGUAUACCCCUGGACUCAGAGGUACUUCGGUUCCUUCGGAGACCUGUCCACCGCGGCUGCGGUCCUGGGCAACCCCAAGGUGUCAGACCAUGGCAAAACCGUGCUGAAUGCGUUGGACAAAGCCGUGCAGAACCUGGACAGCAUCAAAGCCACCUACUCUGAGCUCAGCCAGCUGCACUGCGAGAAGCUCAACGUUGACCCGGACAACUUCAGGCUGCUGGCCGAUUGUCUCACCAUCGUGAUCGCGACCGCGUUCGGGUCCGCGUUCAACCCCGCCGUCCAGGCCACCUGGCAGAAACUGCUGUCCGUGGUUGUGGCCGCUCUAACCAGCCGUUACUUCUGAUGCCCUGCUCGAAUUCAAUCACGAUUCAAUGCGUUGAAGGUGUCAAAAAAGGAUAUGAAUAAAGCAUUCGAUCAAG